UUGGUUUUGAUAAAAACCUCUUCAACCAUUGGAUGUUUUCGCAAUAAACAACAAUAGUUACUGGUCUGAGACAUGAUCGGAGUGAGGUCAUAUUUGGAUUUCUGAAUUCUGUCAAACAGUUGUCGAAACGAGUGUCGAGUGUUGUUAGUUGUUACAUGCCAUUUGUUGUAAUUCAGACAAUGUGAUUCACCCGUGUUGUUUUGGUAUUGUUGUUUUCGCUACCGAGUAUCUAGCGUUCGUAUCGUUUACUCGAUAUUUCGAUGCAGAGAAAGUUCUGCCGGGCCGGCUGUUAGCGCGUAACGUAAAGUAUAUCGGUCAAUCAUGCCCGUAACACUCGUGGACAGGCUGCCCUUGCCGAAUCUCAAGGCUUACUCCGCGGGGAGUAUUCUCCUACUAUCGAUAGCCGUGUACUACGCUGUGAAUGUGACUAGUGACCCGAAUUGGAAGGCGAACGCGACCCUCCAGAGACAAGACGGGGUAGAAAGUUCUAACAGUGAAAAUCUCGUGGAAGCGACUCUCGAGGGGGUUCUGCCAGAUGAGAACAAGAACAGCACAGAGUUUGUGCUCGAUGUGGUCACGUUCAUGAUGCAGGAGCCCCUGUGUAUGUGGACGUUGAUCAACACCGCGUACUGCGCCCUAGCGCUGUUCGGGAGCGGUCUCCGGCGCGUGGUCUUCGGGCGGCUGCGCGUGGCAGAGGCGGCGCGAGUGCGCGACAAGUUCUGGAACUACGUGUUCUACAAGUUCAUCUUCGUGUUCGGCGUCCUCAACGUGCAGUACAUGGACGAGGUGCUGCUGUGGGCCGCCUGGUUCACGCUCGUCGGCUUCCUCCAUCUCCUCGGCCAUCUGUGCAAGGAUAGGUUUGAUUAUCUGUCAUCGUCGCCGGCGGAGGCGGGGUGGGCGCACGCGCGGCUGCUGGGCCUGCUGAUGGCGAUCCUGGUGGGCGCGACCGGCCUGUUUGCUGCCGCGCUCGCCUGGGGCCUGCCCGCUGGACCUGACACCUUCGCCUUCAUGGCUGCUGAGUGCGCGCUGGUGGGCGUGUCGGCGUUACACGUGAUCGCACGCUGGGUCCUGCGCGCGCGCGACGCGGACGCCGGCGGGCCCACUGCGUACUACACGCAUCUGGCGUUUGACGCAGGCGCGCUGGCGGUCGAGGCGGGUCACGUGGCCCACAUGGUGCUGUACAGCAACGCGGUGCUGUCCAUGGCCUCGCUGGUGCUGCUACUGCAACUGCGCCACCUGCUCCACGCGCUGCUGGCGAGGCUGCGCCGACACCGACUAUAUGCGGCGCUCGCUACGCAUAUGAGCCGCAACUACCCGAUGGCGAGCGCGGAGGAGGUGUGCAAGAACGGCGACAACUGCGCCAUCUGCUGGGAGCCGAUGCGGGAGGCACGCAAGCUGCCCUGCGACCAUCUCUUCCACAACUCGUGUCUCUGCCGCUGGGUGCAGCAGGACGCGUCGUGUCCGACGUGCCGGCGCUCGCUGGCCGCGCCCGCGCCACCGCCGCCGCCGCCCCUCGCGCCCCUCGCACCCCUCGCGCCGCUCCCCGACGACCCCCGACACCCCAACCACCUGUUCCACUUCGACGGGUCCCGCUACGUGUCGUGGCUGCCGAGCUUCAGCGUGGAGGUGUCCCGCGCGCGCCCCGCCCCCCUCGGCGACACCGCGACACCCCCCGCGACAAUCGAGCCGCUGGAGGCUAUGGUGCGACAGGUGCAGACAGUGUUCCCGCAGAUGCCGCGCGCGGCGGUGCUCGCGGAUCUGGCGGGCACGGGCUCCGCGCACCUCACCAUACACAACAUACUCGACGGCCGCCUCGCGCCGCCCGACGACACACCGGACAUGCCCCUAGCGCCCGCGCAGCCGGCGACUAGCAGCUCCUCAGUGGAGGUCGAAGAGAGGACAGAAGCGGAGUCAGGGUCGGAUUCCGACGAGAGGUUCGGGGAGAGCCCCGCCGCUCGCGAGGCGGCGCUACGCCGGCGUCGACAGCGCCUCCUGGCUGCUGCGCGCCGCCGCUUCCUCGCGCGGGCCCCCUGCUGACUCCGCCCCUGAUACACCGUGAAUCCGCCCCUGAGAUGCCUACUAAGCUUUUAACAUACUAAUGCCGUGAAUCGCGAGAGGCGAAAUCACAUGUCAAACGACAAUGGUUUUGUUCCGUCUAUUUCUACUGCUUCAUGCGAUUAUCGGCGUCAGUGUGAUAACUGCGGUGGCGUUAAUGUUCGUACCGCGAUAUAAUCAUCAUAAAAAGCAGUCACUAAAAGCAGCGAAUAAUACAAAGCUUUGCAUAAGCUUUCUGUGUAGAUUUGCUUCAUUAUAAAGAACACAGCAUCAAACAACAGUAUGUGCAAUUGGCUUCGGUCAUCACGGUAAUCCUCAAUUGCUUACAAGCACUAUACAGUCAACACAAUGACAAUACAAGCUGUCUAUACUGAUGCCGUCCACAUGUUGAGUUAGUUUAUCCGUCCCUGGAUUGCCCAACCAUAGUUAAUACAAUCUAUUUUCCCUGGAUAUAAAAAAAUCAUACAUUAUAGAAAAAUUAUUUGGCAAUAAGGUUUUUUUUCAAUUUGUUACCAAUGCUAAUCUUGGCUUACAGGAUUGUGGGCCGAUUCCUUUAAUAAUUACAUGUAACAUAAUACUAUAAUGUAUAGUAUACUCAUGGCUAUCGAAUGUAGGGACAGCCAAUGAAUAGUUCUAUAUAGUCUAAAAUCGAUCAGGCUUGUAUCCCAAUAUUUUUUGUUUCUCUAUUUUUUCUAAAAUUUGGCAGGACCACUUAUUGCAUUCUAUAGAUAUUUUGUCAUUGUCGAGCCAAUUUAGAAAAUUGUUUUUACUGGACAUUAAUGUGUGGCAAAAAUUAAAAAAUAUUCAAGUCAGUGAUGCACAUUUAAAAUGAAAUUCUUGAAAUAAAGAAUUUGCUAUUAUUGAUGAUAAAAAUUUCUGCUGCCAUGUAACCUCAAAUAUAAGUAUAAAAAAAACUGCUUUAUUGAAGUCCAUUCCAUUUUCUUACAAUAUAAACAAAUAAAGCCUAAUACAUUUUAAUACUAGAGCUACACUAAUUAAAAAUGGCAUAGCUUCUGUACCAGAGUUCUAUUUCUGAAAUUGUGAUGUUGAUGGCAUUUUUCUUUAGUAUAGAUCCUGUAUUAUGUUUAUUAUAGGCGAAUUUUGUUUAUAUAUACUGUAAUGGAUCAUUCAUAUAUAAUUGUAAAUAGUGUGUGUAUUACUGUGUGUGCAUAAUUUUGUA